AUGGCACUCAAUGCUCACUACCCGAAUUUUCUUGAUGAAACCAAUGACUCACCACUACCUACCCCAGAAACAGUUGUGGACGCGUUAGCCAAGGUCCCAGAUGUUUUACCAAUGCCUACUACCCCAUCGGGAAGAAUCACCCAGCGUAAAUGCUUGAAGAAGUAUAGUCUAACUCCUGAUGAAAGUGCUCUAGAUAUGUUGUUGGACAACAGCUUCCCUUCAGCAAACGCAGCUCCAACUAUGUCAGCUUCAAAACAAGGACACAGUGCUGGCCAAGCUAUCCUUGCACACCACGCAGUAGAUGCUCUGCCAUCUAUAUCGACCCCUCACUGUGUGCGGGAAAGACUACCAACACCCCGUUGUGAUGGCAAUGCAACUUGGAAAUGUGGCGAGGAUUGA